UUAGUAUAGAAAGGUGGGUCACGUGAUCUAUACUUAGCGUGUGUUUACUUUUGCAGGCUUCGUCUCUGAGCAGGUCGCACUUCAUUUAGCUCUCGUAAGAAGGGAAUAAAACGAUAAAAACCUGUGCAACAUUCAAAAUGGUUAGUCGAGCUGUAGGUGGUUUAGUUAGUCUUGUUACUGGUGGUGCAUCGGGCUUGGGAAGAGCUACAGUGGAACGAUUGGUCAGGAAUGGUAGUCGCGUUGUUAUGUUCGAUCUGCCGUCAUCAGAUGGGGAAAAAGUUGCCAAAGAACUUGGCGAAAACAACUGCGUGUUUUGCCCAGGUGAUGUAACUUCAACAGAGGAUGUUUCUGCUGCGUUGGAUGUUGCUAAGUCAAAGUUUGGAAAACUGGAUGUAACGGUUAACUGUGCUGGUAUUGGUAUUGCUGUAAGGACAUAUAAUAUGCAUAAGAAGAAGCUACACCCGCUGGACCAGUUUGAAAGAGUGUUGGAUGUUAAUGUGUGCGGAACCUUUAAUGUCAUUCGCUUGUCUGCGCAAAUGAUGAAUCAGAAUGAUAUUUCCGAAAGGCAAGAAAAAGGCGUGAUCAUUAAUACAGCAAGUGUGGCAGCAUAUGAGGGGCAAAUCGGUCAAGCUGCAUACAGUGCAAGCAAGGGGGCAAUCGUGGGCAUGACUUUACCAAUUGCACGAGAUUUAUCUGUGUGUUCAAUCCGUGUCAUGACGAUUGCGCCAGGAUUGUUCGAGACCCCACUUUUGGGAUCUCUUCCAGAAAAAGUUAAAAAUGAGCUCGGAAAACAAGCUCCGUUCCCACAAAGACUUGGCCAUCCAGAUGAAUAUGCUCAGCUUGUGCAAACUAUCAUUGAGAACCAAAUGCUUAAUGGAGAAGUUAUACGAUUAGAUGGUGCAAUUCGCAUGCAACCAUAAAAAACUAAAAUUAAAAAAAUACAGUCGAGUAAUUUUAACAUGGAAUUUAUAAUCGUGCGUUAAUGAACUUGUUUGUGAUAAAAGUUUAGUACAAUUUUGAAUCCCCAUUUGUAAAAUGAUCAUAUUGUUUGGAACAAUUCAUAUAAAGGUUUCCCAUCUACCAUAAUAUUUAGUCAAUUUAUUCGUAAUAACAUGGGAUAUUUAUUCCAUUAAUUGUAGA